CAGUCUAGACCGAAGUGUUCGCUUAGCACCGGUCACAAAUAUCGCGCAUGAGCUCAGAAGCUACAAGUUUUUGCGAACAGCUCAUUAUAAUUCAAAACAUACCUAACCUUGGUCAUUACUACUGCGAUUGAUAAUGACAAUGUAGGCAAACAGAUAAUUUGAGUGCGUCGAAUCCGAAUAAGUACCUAUCCACAGACGAGUCAGUGUUGGAACUUGGAGGGUCUUGGAACCAUCGCCAUGUUUUUCUACCUACUGUUAGUAGUUAUAGUACUUCUGGCGUUUAUUUGCCUGCACCUCAGGUUCUCAAGAUGGGGCAGACUGAUGGCCAAAAUUCCCGGGAACAAAUCCUAUCCCAUCAUUGGAGAUUCUAUAGAUAUUAUCAAACUUGACGCUGUAUCAUCAUUUGUAUAUUUCCGCAACCUUUGCAAGGAUUACGGCAGAAUCAGCAAGAUGCAAAUGAUUGGAUCAGCAGCGGUCAAUCUUGCCCACCAUGAAGAUAUAGAGAUUAUCCUUUCUUCCACGCGUUUUAAUGAAAAGCAAACUCCUUACAACUUCAUGAAGCCCUGGCUCGGCGACGGAUUGCUAAUUAGCAAUGGCGAGAAAUGGAAGCAGCGUCGUAAGCUGCUGACGCCGGCAUUCCACUUCAACAUCCUGAAGAAGUUCUGCCACACGUUCAACGAACACACGGAGCGGUUCCUCGAGCUGCUCGACAAGGAGACCAGCCAGGAGAAGACCAACGUCAAGCCGCUGCUCACCAGGGCUACUCUCGAUAUCAUGUGUGAAACAUCUAUGGGCACGUCAAUGCAUGAAACAAGUGGAUCAACAACAAAGAAGUACUUUGACGCCUUGUACGACAUAGGAGACGUUCUGCUGGAACGGUUCUUCAAAGUUUGGCUUCACUCAGACUUCAUAUACAACUACAGUUCCCUUGCAAAACGGGAACGAAAGCUGCUGAAAGAUCUGCACAACUUCACCAACACAGUCAUUGAUGAAAGACGGGAAUAUAGACAAAAACAUAAUAUAACUAGCAGCACCGGAGACGAAAUGUUCUCUGGAAAAGUGAAAAAGGCAAUGUUGGACAUGCUUUUGGAAAACGAAGGAACUAAAAUUGACUCUGAGGGUAUCAGGGAAGAAGUAGAUACGUUUAUGUUUGAGGGACACGAUACAACAUCAAUGGCAAUGAGUUUUAUGCUCAUGAGGAUUGCAAACGAACCCGAAAUUCAGGACAAAAUCUACGAGGAACUACAGGGAGUGUUUGGGGACUCUCGUGAGCCUCCCACUGUGGAGGAGCUGAGUGAGCUAAAGUAUCUGGAGUGCUGCAUCAAGGAGUCCCUGCGGAUCUACCCCAGCGUACCCUUCAUAGCCCGAUACAUCACUGAAGACGCGGAAUUAGGAGGCUACACAGUGCCUGCGGGCACUAUCGUCCAGAUUGACAUAUUCGACUGCCACCGCAACCCUGAGAUAUGGCCGGAGCCUGAGAAGUUCAUCCCAGAGAGGUUCCUCCCUGAGAACUGCGUUGGCAGACAUUCCUACGCCUACAUACCCUUCAGUGCUGGUGCAAGGAACUGUAUUGGCCAGAAGUUCGCGAUGUUGGAGAUGAAGACGAUGAUGUCGUGCCUGCUGCGCCGGUUUAAGCUGGAACCAGUCACGACGCAUGAGGACAUCGUGUUCUACGCUGACCUGGUCCUGAGGACCAAGAACCCCAUCUACGUGAAGUUCCGACCUAGAACUAAAACCAUGUACAAGUAAACUGCUGACUUAAGCCGAAUCUUUGAAACGUUUAUUUUCAAUUCGCAUGCUAAAGUAAUACCCAUUUCACUUAGUAUAUCAGGACUAGACUACUACUUAGUAACUUGUCAUUUGCAAUAUAAGACACGAGUAACGAAUACUAAAGGGGAUGAUUAGUAAAAACUCACAACCUCAACUCACGUGCGAAACUAUAUAGGGUCCUAGUGAUAUCAUAACGAGCACUAGGGAGGAUGAUUCAGCUCAUUAUACUGAGUUAAUAUCAAGUGAAAUUUUCUAUUGCAAAAGUAUCAGAUAGAAUGAAAAUAAUUAAAAAAUAUAUAUAAUAUGGUCAAAUUGAGAACGUCCUCCUUUUUUAAAGUCGGUAAAAAAACACAAAAAAAUCCAAAAAAUGGCGACGAAAAAUUCCACUUGAUAUUAACUCAGAAUCAUGGUCUGAAUCAUUCGCCUCAGUAUUCGGUACAAUGUUACUAACACCCUGUAUAAAUAUAGAAUAAACAAUAAUAUACCUACUUAUUACGUAAAGUACAUAAUAUUAUAUAUUGUAGAGGCAAUUAAAAAAACAAGCCUUACUUUCAUUUAAGUAUAUUUGGUACAUAAACUGAAAUAUAAAAGGUAAAAAGAGGUAUAAUGAAUUUUAGUUCUUUGUUUUGAUAACUUUUUCACCUAUUUUAUUUUAAUAUUAAUACGUAAUUUGCAGUUAUUUUUUAACUUUAUUAAUUAUUCAUUUAAUAAAUAAACUAGCGUUUU